AUGAGUCAGAGUGAUGAUGUGGAAGAACGAGAAGAGCUACUGUCGGAGGUGCAACAAUUAGAUGGUGUCACUACAUUGCACCAGACUGCUCAGAAGGGGGACAUCAAGUUAGUAAAUGAUUGUCUGGUGGAUGUACAUAUAGAUGUUAAGGACAAACGCGGUAGGACACCCAUUAUGUACGCGGCAUGGUCUGACGAAAUAGAAAUGGUUAAGCAUCUAUUAAAUCUGGGAUCUGACAUUAGUUAUAAAGAUAGCAGUGGAUGGAAUAUUUUACAUCACGCAGUACAGAAAACCUCUAUGAGAACCGUAAAAUAUCUUUGCGUCCGCGAUGACUUUGAUGUGAAUGUUCAAGAUAAUACUGGAAGAACUACUUUAAUGUAUGCGGCAAAAGCAGGACAAACUGAUAUUAUCGAAGCCCUCUUAACUGAUGACCGGGUAGAAGUUAACCAGUGUACUAAGAACGGAACAACUGCAUUGAUGUUUGCGGCAUAUGCAGGACACACUGAGGUUAUCACCGCCCUCAUAACUGAUGACCGGGUAGAAGUUAACCAGUGCAAUGAGAACGGAACAACUGCAUUGAUAUGUGCGGCAGAAGCAGGACACACUGAUGUUAUCACCGCCCUCAUAACUGAUGACCGGGUAGAAGUUAACCAGUGCAAUGAGAACGGAACAACUGCAUUGAUAUGUGCGGCAGAAGCAGGACACACUGAUGUUAUCACCGCCCUCAUAACUGAUGACCGGGUAGAAGUUGACCAGUGUACUAAGAGCGGAUCAACUGCAUUGAUAUGUGCGGCAAAAGCAGGACACACUGAGGUUAUCACCGCCCUCAUAACUGAUGACCGGGUAGAAGUUAACCAGUGCAAUGAGAACGGAACAACUGCAUUGAUAUGUGCGGCAAAAGCAGGACACACUGAGGUUAUCACCGCCCUCAUAACUGAUGACCGGGUAGAAGUUAACCGGUGUACUAAGAACGGAACAACUGCGUUGAUUUCUGCGGCAUAUGCAGGACACACUGAUGUUAUCAAAGCCCUCCUAAGUGAUGACAAGGUAAGAGUUAACCAGUGUACUAAGAACGGAACAACUGCGUUGAUUUCUGCGGCAACAGCAGGACACACUGAGGUUAUCACCGCCCUCAUAACUGAUAACCGGGUAGAAGUUAACCGGUGUACUAAGAACGGAACAACUGCGUUGAUUUCUGCGGCAGAAGGAGGACACACUGAGGUUAUCACCGCCCUCAUAACUGAUGACCGGGUAGAAGUUAACAGGUGUACUAAGACGGAACAACUGCAAGUUAACCGGUGUACUAAGAACGGAACAACUGCGUUGAUUUCUGCGGCAACAGCAGGACACACUGAGGUUAUCACCGCCCUCAUAACUGAUGACCGGGUAGAAGUUAACCAGUGUACUAAGAACGGAUCAACUGCGUUGAUGUAUGCGGCAUCUGCAGGACAAACUGAGGUUAUCAAAGCCCUCAUAACUGAUGACCGGGUAGAAGUUAACCAGUGUACUAAGAACGGAAGAACUGCAUUGAUAUGUGCGGCAGAAGGAGGACACACUGAGGUUAUCACCGCCCUCAUAACUGAUGACCGGGUAGAAGUUAACCAGUGUACUAAGGACGAAUCAACUGCGUUGAUGUAUGCGGCAGAAGGAGGACACACUGAGGUUAUCACCGCCCUCAUUACUGAUGACCGGGUAGAAGUUAACCAGUGUACUAAGAACGGAAGAACUGCAUUGAUAUGUGCGGCAGAAGGAGGACACACUGAGGUUAUCACCGCCAGUGUGAUGAGGACGGAAAAACUGCGUUGA